UUAGUUGACGCCGAGCAUUGGCGGGUUUUGGAAGCAAGCAUGGGACUGUAUCGCUGCUUUGUACUUAGCACGCUUUUGCUUCUGCUCUCUAACUCGAUUGAAGGCGACGGUUACAAGAUUUUGGCCGUAUUCCCGUUCCCCGGUAAAUCGCAAUAUAUAUUCGCAGAGAAUUAUCUUCAGGAGCUGGCGAGACGUGGUCAUAAUGUUACUGUGAUUAACACCUUUGGGGGCACUGCAGAUGUGCCCAACUUUCGUGUGAUUGGAGCAACCAAAAUACAUGAGAUAAUGGCGAGCUUCUCGUCAGCCGACUACAAUAUGCAGGCGAAUCAAUGGGAGGUACUGAGCCUAACCACACAGUUUCUGAAUCUGCUGUCGGAAAACAUAAUGGAGGAGCCUGCUGUGCAACAACUGUUGAGGAGCGAUGAAACUUUCGAUGCACUUAUUGUGGAAACGGUGCAGAAUGAGGUGCUCUUUGGAUUAGCCCAGCAUUUCCGGGCACUGACUAUAGGUAUAUCUUCCUAUGGCACAGACAGACACAUAGAUGAGCUGAUGGGCAACAUUUCGCCAUUAUCCUACAAUCCCAUGUUGCUGUCUUCGCGCACAGAACGGAUGCGGUUUGGGGAGCGGCUACAAAAUGUCUGGGAGGCAUGCGUCUUGUGGGUACACAAGCGUUUGGUGCAUUUACCCAGUCAGCAGAAACUCUAUCAGAAAUACUUUCCCAACGCAAAGGUUAAUUUGCAGCAGGCCAUGAACAACUUCUCGCUGAUGCUACUGGGUCAGCAUUUCUCACUGAGCUAUCCGCGUCCAUAUUUGCCCAAUAUGAUUGAAGUGGGCGGGCUACACUUGAAGCAGCAGGGCGUGGGACAGGCAUUGCCGGAAAAGAUCAAAGAGUUCAUUGAAACAGCGCCGCAUGGUGCCAUUUACUUUUCUAUGGGCUCGAAUAUCAAAAGUGUGGACUUGCCCGAGGCUACCCGCAGUGUGCUGCUGGAGACCUUUGGCAGCUUGCAGGAACGCGUGCUCUGGAAGUUUGAGAUGGACGAGAUGCCCAAUCGCCCGGCAAAUGUUUUGAUAAGCAAAUGGUUUCCGCAGCACGAUAUUUUGGCCCAUCCAAAUGUAAAGCUAAUAAUUACGCAUGGCGGCCUAAUGAGCACCAUUGAGAGUGUGUAUUAUGGCAAGCCUGUGUUGGGCUUGCCUGUUUUUUAUGACCAGUUUUUAAAUGUGGAGCGCGCUAAGCUAGCAGGCUACGGCCUGGGCUUGGAUCUGUGGCACUUGAAUGCGACUCAGCUACGUGAGAAAAUUGUGGAACUUUUGCAAAAUCCAAACUAUACAGAGGCAGCACAAUUGAGGUCAGCUCUGCAUCGCGACCAGAAGGAAACGCCAUUAGAGCGGGCCAUCUGGUGGACGGAGUAUGUGCUGCGACAUAAAGGUGCAAGGCACAUGCGAUCAGUGGCGCAGGAUCUGAACUUCUACCAGCUACAUGGACUGGAUGUGUGGUGUGUUUUGAUGACAGGGCUAUGCUUAUUGGGGUUGAUUGUAUGGCUUAUCAUUUAUAGUCUGUUUCAAGUAGUUAAGAGGACACUAGUCGGACGAAAGUCAAAUUUAAGUUCUAAGAAUGAUCCAAAGGUCAAAUCCCAAUUCACAAGCAAAAUGCGUUUCGUACGAUAUAUCGCGCUAUUGUGCUUCUGUGUUGCUUUUCCAAGUAGCUUGAAAGGUGAACGCAUACUGGCUAUAUUUCCAUUUCCGGGUCCCUCGCAAUACAUUAAUGUUGUGCCAUACUUGAAAGGAUUAGCGGCACGUGGUCACGAGGUGACUUCAGUGAAUGCGUUUCCACAAAAGCAGCCAGUGAAAAAUUUUCGUGACAUUGCAGUCCUUGAAGUGCAUAAAAAUUAUGAUGAUCUUAUUAGUGAUAUGAUGGAACCGCGCAACAUGUGGCAAGAGAACACCUUUAUUAAUGAGUUCUUUACCAACAUUACGAAGGCGGUGCUUGAAAAUCCGCAGGUGCAGCAGCAAUUGUUGCACGGCCGAGCCCACUAUGAUUUGAUUAUAAUUGAGGCACUGCGCACAGACGCAUUGUAUGGUUUUGCACAGCAUUUCAAUGCCCCAAUCAUUGGUUUGUCGACAUUCGGCACUGACUGGAAUAUAGAUGAGUUGGUGGGAAACACUUCACCUCUCUCGUACACACCUCUGGUCACUACCGGCCUAAGUGAUCGUAUGACUUACUGGGAGCGGCUGCAUAACUUUGUGGAAACAUCUGUGGCUUGGCUGAAUACUCACUUAAUCCAACUGCCCGAACAGGUGGAGCUCUAUCACAAAUAUUUUCCCCGCGCCAAAGCUCCGUUGCUGGAGCUGCGGAAGAAUUUCUCACUUGUGCUGCUUAAUCAACACUUUUCGUUAAGUUUUGCACGACCCUAUGUACCGAAUAUGAUCGAGGUGGGCGGUCUACAUAUUGCGCAUAAGCCGACUCCCUUGCCUGAGGAAAUGGAAAAGUUCAUCGUGGGUGCUGGUCAGGCAGGUGUCAUUUACUUCUCGAUGGGAUCAAAUGUGAAGAGCAAGGAUUUUGCGCCUUCCAUACGUGCUCUUCUACUUGAGACAUUUGCCAGUUUGCCGCAACGAGUACUUUGGAAGUUUGAGGAACAACUACCCGCGAAGCCGGAUAAUGUGUUCAUAAGCAAAUGGUUUCCGCAGUCCGAUAUUUUGGCGCAUCCAAACGUGAAGCUCUUCAUAACGCAUGGCGGUCUCCUGAGCACCAUUGAAAGCAUCUACCAUGGCAAGCCGGUGUUGGGACUGCCCUGUUUUUAUGACCAGUUUUUAAAUGUGGAACGUGCCAAGCUUGCUGGAUUUGGGCUAGGCUUAGAUUUCAACAAGAUGAGCGGGGCGGAACUCAAGUCGAAUAUUCUAAGAAUGCUGAAUGAGCCAUCUUUUUUAGAAACAGCUAAACAAAUGUCGGCGCGCUAUCGAGAUCAACCCAUGGCGCCAUUGGACAAGGCCAUCUGGUGGACGGAGUAUGUCCUUCGACACAAAGGUGCAAUGCACAUGCGGGUAGCGGCACAAGAUUUGAGUUUUGUCGCCUAUCAUAAUCUGGAUGUGUUGGGCUUGUUGUUGGGCGUACCACUAAUGGUAGUGGGCUUGCUUCUGGUUGUGUUGGUCAAGCUGUUAGGAAGGCGUCGACAAACCACUGAUCGCCGUGAGUCUAAGCCAAAACGACAAUAAACAGUAAUGGAAAUAUUGGUUGUACUUUAAUGAUUCACAGAGGGGUUAAAUUGAAUCUCACUUUUGUCUCUUAUUUCCUAGAGGUAAACUAAGUAGGUGCCUUGUUGCAAUUUCGAUUUAAAUGGUCAUUUUUGCCAAAUGUGGAAAAUCAAGUUAAAAAUUGAAAUUAAAAUUAAAGCAUUAAAGCAACAAACAAA